AUGCCUUUCAAAGGUGCAAAAAGAAAGACAGCAUUUUCCGUGGACAGAGCCAACGGUUUCCAACCGAAGAAGCUCAAGCAUGAGGCGAAUGGAGACGACCUUCGCCAACCACAUCCAUUUGCCCAUGAAGCUGAGGAAAAUGGCAUCGUUCUGCGGCGGUUCUACCCCCCUGAGAUGAGCAACUCUCGAGCUCUGGCUUACAACUCGGAUCAACUUCCCAGACCCAUGGAGGUGCUCGUCAAGGCUCUGGAGGAGACUGCUCAAGCUCGCAAACAAGUCAAACCCAAGGACGCAGUCGUGCAUUGGUUCAAGAUGGACCUACGACAUACCGACAACCGAUCUCUUGCACUGGCCAACGCUAAAGCGAAAGAAGCCGGCGUUCCUCUUAUCUGCAUGUACAUCGUGAGCCCUCAAGACUUUGAGGCUCAUCUCACCUCGCCCGUCAGAGUGGAUUUCAUGCUGAGAACGUUGAGCGUCCUGAAGCAGGAUCUGGCGGCCCUCGAUAUUCCGUUGUACGUGGAAACAGUGCAUAAGAGAAAGCAUGUCCCACAGCGCGUUUUCGAGCUCUUGGAGGAAUGGGGCAGCAAUCAUCUAUUUGCCAACAUCGAAUACGAAGUUGACGAGCUACGGCGAGAAGCUCAAAUGAUUCGCCACUUUGCGGCGAACAACAAAUCGUAUGAAGUUGUCCAUGACACAUGCAUUGUACCUCCAGGAGAGUUGCAUACUGGCUCCGGGAAGCAAUAUGCUGUUUAUACUCCCUGGUACCGCGCCUGGAUGGCUCACAUACACGAGAAUCUGGAUCUCCUGGAGCUUUUUGAUCGGCCUGAGAGGAAUCCAAACGGAGUGCGUACAAAGUUCCAGAAGCUCUUCGAUUGCAGCAUUCCCGAUGCGCCAGAGAACAAGAGGCUUAGCGACGCAGAGAAGAAGACGCUUCGUCCUUUGUGGCCUUGCGGUGAACAUGAAGCUAUGGCUAGGCUGGAAAAGUACUGCGACGAGGCCAUUGGCGACUACCACAACAAGCGGAACAUUCCAGGAGAUGACGGCACGUCACGGCUGUCUGUCCAUCUUGCGAGCGGGACGAUUAGCUCGAGAACCUGUGUUCGGACGGCCAGGGAUAGAAACAAAACAAAGAAGCUGGACGGCGGACACCAGGGGAUUCAAACUUGGAUCAGCGAAAUCGCCUGGCGAGACUUUUAUAAGCACGUUCUCGUCCAUUGGCCAUAUGUCUGCAUGAACAAACCAUUUAAGCCAGAGUACUCGAAUAUCCAAUGGUCCUAUGACCGAGAUCAUUUCGCCGCAUGGUGCGAGGGCCGAACGGGUUACCCCAUCGUCGACGCCGCGAUGCGCCAGCUCAAUCAUAUGGGAUACAUGCACAACCGGUGCCGAAUGAUUGUUGCUUCAUUCCUCUCCAAAGACCUGCUCAUCGACUGGCGCAUGGGUGAGCGGUAUUUCAUGGAGCAUCUGAUAGACGGGGAUUUCGCGAGCAACAAUGGCGGCUGGGGCUUCAGUGCGAGCGUUGGAGUCGAUCCUCAGCCCUACUUCCGUAUCUUCAAUCCGCUGCUCCAAAGUGAAAAGUUCGACCCCAAUGGCGAUUAUAUCCGAAAGUGGGUGCCAGAGUUGGCGGGACUGAGCAACAAGGAAAUCCAUGAUCCGUACAAUCGAGGUGCUGGUACGAAAGCGAAGAAGCAGGGUUAUCCGAAACAGAUUGUCGAGCAUAGAGGCGCAAGAGAGCGUGCCUUGAGCGCGUACAAGGAAGGCAUCGAGAGUGGAAGGUAG